CUGCUCCCCUUCACUUAUUUCCCUUUCUUCCUCAGUUUAAACAUACCCGUAUUGUGGCUUGAUUCUCAAUCGAAAGACCCUGGCCCUGUCUUAGAUCCUGGCCUGUAUUGUCGCUUGACGAGCCUCUGCCGCUGUCUUCGCCGGUCAGAACAGGUCCUGGCCUGCAUUGUCGCUCGAGCAGCCUGUGGCAGUGCCUUCGUCAGUCGGAACAGGUUUCUAUUUUAUAUGUGCACAAUGCAAUAUUCACUUCUCAAAGAAGUAACAGCCGAUUCACAUCAAUGGCAAGUCAGAACAAGGGUAGUUCGAUUCUCUGAAUAUGUCGACAAACCUGAACCGACUAAAAUUCUAAGACUUGAUCUGGUACUUCUUGAUGAACAGGGAACUGCCAUGGAAGGUCAGAUCCCACAAAAUUGGGUUCAACAAUUUAAACCUCUCCUAAAAGAAAACUGUGUUUACUACAUCCAAUAUUUCCAAGUACGACCUGCCCGUACAAUGUAUCACCCCGUUGAUCAUGAAUACAUGAUGCGAUUCACAAAGUAUACAAGGGUGACUCAAGUAAAUCCUGUCCCACCCACAUUUCCAAUGUAUGCAUGUAAAAUAGCAUCGUUCAAUGAACUUCGUGAAAGAAUAGGUGUGCAGGAAUUUUCAUCAGAUGCUAUUGGAAUUUUUGAAGGCUGCACACAUGUGAUGCAACAAAACACAAAGAACGGUGUUAAAGCACUACGCAACAUUCACAUAUCAGAUGGGAGAGAAACUGUACGUGUUGCAUUAUGGAACAACCAUGCCUAUGACUUCAAUGAUGAGCAAUAUAUGGAAAUGGCUAAAACCAAAUCAUUGGUUUUCCUAUUUGUUGCUGUAACAUGUACAUGGCAUGAAGCAAAAUUAUCACUUCAAGGAUCUACAAUUUGCAAAUGGUAUUUAAAUCCUGAACUGCCGGAAGCCGUUGCCCUUCAUGACAGCUACGGAAGCACACUUCAACAACCAAUCUGGCAUGGUCCUGCACCAUCGCAGAUUGGACCAAUUGAGACUACUGUUACAGAAUUAUCAACAUUAAUAAACCCACAUACUAUCUAUGGCAACAGAUACAUUGUGACUGUUAAACUGAAAAAUCUGGUGCCCAAUCAAUCCUGGUGGUAUUUUGCUUGCCAAAAAUGUAAGAAAACAAUCCAGGCUCAUGGUAACAAAUACAAAUGCACUGGCAUAAAGUGUCCUAGCACAGAUGGAGAACCCAGAUAUCGCAUCGCUGUUACUGCCAUUGAACCAGACACAGCAACUACACAGCCCAAUCCAUCAUCUAUUGAAUUAGUCUUCUUUGGUCCCGUAGGUCAAGAAAUAGUAGGAAUGCCGGCGAAUGAUCUAAUUGUAUUGAGUGGAGGUGUACAAGGUGUUGUUCCACCACAGAUAGAGGUGCUCUUUGGAAAAGAAUUCAAAUUGCGGAUUAGUCUUUCUCCUGCAGCCCUUCAAAGGCCAAACCCAUCUUAUCAGGUUGACAGCAUUGUCAAUCUUGGCAAAUUUGCAACUAUUCAGCCUGCAACAAUCCUCCCAUCAGCACUGAUGAAACAGCUGGAUGCUCCGUCAAUAUUAACUCAUACUCAAGCACAGGGUGCAGAAUCAUCUUCCCAACGGGCAAUCGAAAUAACAGCUCCUAAAGGAACAUCGUCGACAUCAACUCCACCUCCAAUGCAGACACCGCCUAGCCCACAGAAAAGUCACAAACGAACUCGCUCUCCUGAGGACGAUCAUCAAGGAAAACCCGAUGGCUCAAGCAGACCGAACAAACGCUCUACAGCAAGGAAACUGAUCCUCGAUGACUUACCAAAGGAAACCUAGGUGGCAAAACUUAGAGAUCAAAAUGUCAUUUUGCAACUGUCAGUAUUUCCUCCUAUAAAAUGUAGGCAAUCCACCUACAAACACUCUCCGCUCAAUCGUCGCAACGCAUGACACUACACCAAGUCAUUCCCAUCUGUUAAUAAACCACAUCUUUUGCAAACGUUUCACUCUUGCCUACAAGACUCAACUAUGUAUAUCACAGCAUUCCAAUGGUAUCUAUGUCAGAACAUCGUAGUACUAUAUGCACCACAACAUGGCACCAAGAAACACCGUAUUGUUGAUAUGUUACAUUCUGGAACACCAGUGUUAAACAAACCGUUGUCUUUUCACUGCUUAUGCUAGAACAUCAGACUUUGGUAUAUUUAACCUAUGAAGCCUGCCUUCAGAACUUAUGCUAGAAUAUCAGACUUAUUAGGAUUACGUGAUGAAUCAAUGUACUA